AUGGCCUCCUUAUCCGGGCCCACCAGCUCCUUCCUACCGUCGCUCAACCGGCGGCGUAACUUUGAGACCUCCCGAAACAGACCCAUAUCGGCCUACCGAUCCGACCCACAGCCUUCAAAUGACCAAAGAAACAACCAAAAUACACUCAAUGUAACAGAACGCAAGUCAAGAAAAUUUGACGGGGCCAAGCUGAAGGAGAGAGAAGCAAGGGAGAGAAAAGAGGAAAUAAACAGAAAAAUAGCUUCCCAAAAGGCCAUUUCCAUAAUUUUACGAAGGGAGGCCACCAAAGCUGUCAUUGAAAAGAAGAAGGGUAAUGCCAAGAAGCUGCUGCCCAGAACGGUGCUUGAGGCCCUUCACGAGCGCAUUACCGCCUUACGCUGGGAGUCUGCUCUCAAGGUCUGUCGACUGAUUUAG